UAUGAGCAAAUGCACACAGGCAUGAAUGCAUGGAUUUCUAGGAAUAGCAACUUGUUCAAUUUGACUAGAAGAUUGGACAAUGAAGGAUAGUUAAUGGGAAAUGAGGCUGGAAAGAUACAUGGGUCAGAUUAUGGAGGGCCUUGAGCAUCCAGAGCUGGAGAACAACAAAAGAUUCUUGAGCAGGAUGACAUCAGAAUUGGGCUUUCAGAAAAGUGAUCUAGCUGUAGACUACACACUGAAUCAGAAAGGGAUAAAAACUCUAAGUAGAGAGGUCAGUUAGUGGAGCGUCUGGGUCAGAGGUCACAACUAAGGCUGUGAUAAUGAAAGUCACUGAGACAGUAAGGAAGAAAAUAGGGAAAUGGUACAGAGGUAAGAUACAGGUCUUAAUAACUGAUUGCAUGUUAAGAAUGGAUUCAGAGAGAGUUAAGACAGUAAAGUCAGAAGGGGCCUGGUUUGACAGGGAAGAAGAGUUAACUUUUAAACAUACUGUCCUUAUAAUUUGAAACAUUUCCAGUAGAGAAGUCUAACAUUCAUUUGACAAUGCAGACCUGGACCUCAAGAUCAAAGACAGGGCUGGAGGUAAAGAUUUGGGAGACGUUGCAUAAUCAUGGCGUAAGACUUUGGGCAUGAAUGAAGGAUUCUCUCCUUUCCCCCAUCUCUCUAGAUUGCUGUUCCUUCUGAGUUUCCUCAGAUGAUACUUCUUCCUGCUCUCACCCCUAAAUGUCAGUGAACAAUUUCCUGAUGACUGGUCCAAAGGCUUACCUGAUCUACUCCAGCAGUGUAGCUGCUGGCGCUCAGAGUGGCAUUGAAGAAUGCAAAUACCAGUUUGCAUGGGAUCGCUGGAACUGCCCUGAGAGAGCCCUGCAGCUGUCCAGCCAUGGUGGACUUCGAAGUGCUAAUCGGGAAACGGCAUUCGUGCAUGCUAUCAGUUCUGCUGGGGUCAUGUACACUCUGACUAGAAACUGCAGCCUUGGGGAUUUUGACAAUUGUGGCUGUGAUGAUUCCCGCAAUGGGCAACUGGGGGGCCAAGGCUGGCUGUGGGGAGGCUGCAGCGACAACGUGGGCUUCGGAGAGGCAAUAUCCAAACAGUUCGUAGAUGCCCUGGAGACAGGACAGGAUGCCCGGGCAGCCAUGAAUCUACACAACAACGAGGCUGGUCGCAAGGCAGUAAAGGGCACCAUGAAACGCACAUGUAAAUGCCACGGCGUUUCUGGCAGCUGCACCACGCAGACCUGCUGGCUGCAGUUGCCCGAGUUCCGAGAGGUGGGCGCGCACUUGAAAGAGAAGUACCACGCAGCUCUCAAGGUGGAUCUGCUGCAGGGUGCUGGCAACAGCGCGGCGGGCCGCGGCGCCAUCGCCGACACCUUUCGCUCCAUCUCCACGCGGGAGCUGGUGCACCUGGAGGACUCCCCGGACUACUGCCUGGAGAACAAAACUCUAGGACUGCUGGGCACCGAAGGCAGAGAGUGCCUGCGGCGCGGCCGGGCCCUGGGCCGCUGGGAGCGUCGCAGCUGCCGUCGGCUCUGCGGCGACUGCGGCCUGUCGGUGGAGGAGCGCCGCGCGGAGACAGUGUCCAGCUGCAACUGCAAGUUCCACUGGUGCUGCGCGGUCCGCUGCGAGCAGUGCCGCCGGCGGGUUACCAAAUACUUCUGCAGUCGCGCGGAGCGGCCGCCGGGGGGCGCGGCUCACAAACCUGGGAGAAAACCCUAAGGGCCUCCUCUCUCCCUUCUUGUUUCCUUAUUUGUCCUUGGCUUCUUUUAGAGACCCCAAAUAGAGGAAUCUAGGGAAUAGGGACUCCACACUACCAAGGCCAGGGAUCCCGAGAGGGAGAGACUCUGCAUUCUCUCCGAUGCUUGCCACUUCCCAACCUGUUUCCACAAUUCCUCUGCGCUCUCCUCGAGCUAUCUGCAUCGUCCGCUCACCACACUUAGCUCUGGGAACCGUUUUGAGAGUCUGAGCUAGUGAUUUUUCUCAGACCAGGAUGUGUACAGGCGUUCCUCCUCUCUGUCCUCGUUGCCCUAAAGCCUGUGGAUCUUAGAAACUGGAAGAAUGCUUCUGAGAUAUGCAGGGUCCGGGAAAGCAUGGCUUUUCGCAUUUACUCAUCUCUCCCCGCCCCAAGUUUCUGCUGAAAGGUCUCCGCUGUAGCCACGUCUUCCUUCUGCAGAGGCCCUCUGCUGGCACAGGCUUUCCAGGAAUCUCUGCCUUCUCCCUUCUUCUUCUUCCCUCUUUCCUUGAAGGGAUACUGAGGAAACUGACCCAGGCAUAAGCAUGUCUUUGGGAGUCGGUCCCCAGAGGGACGGGCUGAAGGUGGAGGAGGUGGGGACCCUACAGUGUGGACCUGCAGAAAACCAAGGAUGCCACUUGUGAUAACAUGCUUCUAAGGGACUUUGCCAGUGGGAGAAAUGACCUUCCUAGACAAUCACCCAAGGUGCUCCAGACACAUCCCCACAUCUAGGAAUGAUGUAAGACCAAACUGUCAGUCAUUUCCUACCCUUUAAAGUAAACUUCUUUAUAUUUCUAACCUAUAUCCUCCUAGCAAUCAACUUUACCCCUUCUUUUCCCCCAAGUAUCUUAUUCCCCUGAGUCAAGACUGAGAUAAAUAAAGGCAAUUUCCCAUUGAGAAUUUGCACCUCUGAAGACAGGUCAUGAAGAAAGAGAAGCUGUGACCCCUUCCUUUUCACUAACCUGAUUCUCAAACAGGCAGGAUUCAAGGCAUUGGAUACCUUCCUUCAUUAGGUAAAACCUUGCAAUAAAACUGUUGCUAAUAGGAAUUUCAGCACCUUGAACCUUAAUUUAUUGCAGUGACUGUGAUAUACACAUCCCCCCACUCCCUAGGUAUUGAACUUGUUCUUGGGGAUAUAGGGAAGGGCACAUGGAAGACAUAACCUCUAGGCCCUCUCCUCCCUCCAACCCUGCCAGGAUACCAUCCUCCCAUAAGCCUCACUUCCCUGAUGGCCUAAGUAGUACUCCUGGCCUGACUGAGGCUAAUCUGCCAAGGUUUAACAAAUCAUCCCCAUAAAUCUUCCACUAAUACAUUCACUCAGUAGUUAGGAUCUUGCUGCUUGUGGUGCUUGAGUUUUCUGGUUCUCUUCUCAGAAGGAAGCAGUGCACCAGGGACUUGAUGAAAUAGGGCUCUGGGAAGGGACAAACUAAUCCCUGAAGGACCCUCUGCAGCCCAAAGAGCUUCCCAGUCAUCUUCCCUCCCGGAAAUAAUUCCUGAGUCUAGGCACCAGGUAGCUCUUCCAGAGCAGAACUGGUCAAAUGCUAGACACCCUCAUCUCAACUCUUGCAGAGGAGAGGCGAGCAUAGAGGAGGUAUGGCUCCAAGUGGCUAAAAGGGGCAAAGGCUCUAGGGGCGAACCUGUGAGAGUGGAAGGGCUGCCAUGUUCCGAAUUGAGAAACAGCCCAAGCCCCUGGCCUCAUCCCUACACAUCUUCUGGUCCCACUAACACCGAGGAGAGAGAUUCCCCUUCCCUCCUUACAGGGGACACGCUUCCUUUCAGGGACUCCUAGUGCUUCAUUCCCAGUUCAGCCAGCAAAAGGCCUUUUGCUCCUUCUGUCAGCUUUGAUCUGGGCCUCUUGAAUCUCCCAACUUGCCCUCCAUCCCUCAAGCAGCUGUUCCACUUGGCAAAAUUACUUGAUAGUGUACAGUAAGAAAAUCUGGCAAGGCAGCUAGAAAAUAUAAAAAUACAAUGUUGGAAAGGAAAGCUGCAUUUUCCAGGAGGUCUCUCAGCAUACAAGUAGGAGAACUACUGUGCUUCACAUAUGAUAAUUCCAGGUGGUACUCAAAACAUGUCAUGCUGUCAUAAAGUUCUUUCAUUGGUUCUUGUUUUAUAUUCCCAAAUGGAUAUGAUUGAUAUGAUUCAUUUGCAUCUAUAAAGAAAACAUGGCUGAGCUACCUUA